GGAAAAGUAUUGAUCAAUUAUUUCUGGAAAUUUUUACUCGUCCAUAACGCGAUGGUUACACUCAGUGAAAUGUGUCCAAAAAUAUAUUAUUUCGCGAUAUUUUUCGUCACUUCGUCGGUUUGGGCGGCUCCUGCAGAUCCUGCAGUGAUGAAAAACCCUUUAGAGGGAAGCGGCCAAAGCUCUGUCGCCUUAGUUCCAAAUGGUAACAAUGACGCUCCAGGUCAGCAGACGAUUCCCGCUGUUCUGUCAAAUAUACCGAUGGCUGGAACGUAUCUCUUCCCUGCGUCCGAUCAUCAUUCGCUCCCGACCAAUCCCGUGGAUACCUUGGUGGUUGGUCCUUCGGGGAUAAUCGCUACGGGAAGAGCUUUGGAUUCACUGGCCAAAAGUGGGGGAAACUUGACGCCGUUUCUGCCGGGUCAGACUGCCCUCACUCGUGGAAAUGACGACCAGAAAUCCGUUCAGGCCUGACAAUGGCGUGGGAUUCAUCGUAAUAAAUUAAAUUUAGUGCCAUAGUUUACGGAUAUCUUUAAAUUGAUUUACUACUAAACCAACUUGCACAUUUUUGCUUUAUCUUGUUUAUGUUAUAAGAUAUUUCAAAUAUAAAGUCCAUAAAAGAAUGAAAUAAGCCUAGUGUCAUUUAAAUGCAUAAAAUUUUCAAAAUGUAUUCAUUGAAAUGUAUAAAUAUGCACACAUGCAUUUUUAUUAUAUGAAAAAUUGUUAACA